AUGGUAUUUAAACGUAAAAAACGUAUAGAAAUUUCAAAACCAACUAAUUUUCAACAUCUUCGUAAAACAUAUUUUGAUAUAAAUAGUCAAACAUUAAAAGAUUUACCACCACAAUGGACAAGUAUAUUAACAGAUGAAGAUAUAUCACGAACAGCUAUUGCUGCAUAUGAACAUCAAAGACAACGAGAACAACAACAACAACAACAGCAACAUAUAAAUCAACAACCACGACCAAAACCAUUAAUUGGUGAUCCUUGUUUUUUAACACCAUCUGAUCUUGAAUAUCUUAAAUCUCAAACAAUUGUUCGUGGUUCAGGAUCAAAUCAACAAACAUUAACUAAUCAUCGACAAAUAACUCCACCUAAAAUAUCUGAUGAUCAUAUUUAUCAUUCUCAUAAUCAACUUAUACAAAUUCCACGUAAUACUCAUCUUGAUCGUCUAUAUAAUAUUAAAUCACCUGAUCCAUCAUUGAUUGAUAAUCGUAAAUUAUCAGUUCCAAAUUAUCAAAAUGAUUUAAUAUUACCAUCAAAUGGUAAAAUAAAACAAGCAGCAACAUCACCUGCUAUUGUUCCAACUCGAGAAAAAAUUGAUGGAAGUACAAAAUUAUCACUUGAAGAUUUCGUUUUUGCAUUACAAAAAGUUGUUAGUCAAUCUGAUCCUCGUACAAUGUAUGAUCAUUUUAUUAAAAUUGGUGAAGGAUCAACAGCAAAUGUUUAUAUAGCUAUUGAUAAACAUUAUGGUACACAAGUUGCUAUUAAACAAAUGAAUAUAACUAAACAACAACGAAAAGAACUUCUAUUUAAUGAAGUAAUGAUUAUGCGUGAUUAUAAACAUCCAAAUAUUGUUGAAAUGUAUGGUUCAUAUUUAGUUGAUAAUGAAUUAUGGGUUGUAAUGGAAUAUCUUGAUGGUGGUGCAUUAACUGAUUUACUUAUAACAUCAACAGGUGAAACACGAAUGAAUGAACAACAAAUAGCAACUGUUUGUAAAUCAGUACUUAAAGCACUUGCUUAUUUACAUUCAAAUGGUGUUAUACAUCGAGAUAUAAAAAGUGAUUCAAUAUUACUUUCAACGGAUGGUUUUGUUAAAUUAAGUGAUUUUGGUUUUUGUGCACAAGUUAUUAAUGAAAAAAAAGUACAAAAUAUUAAAAGAAAAUCAUUAGUUGGAACACCUUAUUGGAUGAGUCCUGAAGUUAUUUCAAGAACACCAUAUUCAACAGAAGUUGAUAUUUGGUCAUUAGGUAUUAUGGUAAGUAAAUUAUAAAAUUAAAUAUAAUAAUAAAUAGAAGAGUGAUUUUAUGAGAGAAAUUCUUCAGAUACGAAAAAAUGGUGAAAACAACACUUAGUUGAACAUCAAUGAGUCAUAUAUUUGACUGAAGUGUGCUCUUCCUAUUUCACUUCUCACAAACCAUAAUUUAUAGAUAUAUGAUUCCAAUGAUAUAUAGCAUCGCAUGAGCAUUAUGUUGAAAAAUGAAGAUUUAUCCUAUAGCAUGAAUUCUUAAAUGUUCUCGGAAAGACGAAAAUUGCAAACCAGCAGAAGCCACAAACUAAGGACAAAAUAUAUGUUUUAUGGAGAAUUUUUGAAGAUAACAUGUUAAUCCUUGUGUGUGAAUAGAAUAUUAAUUGCAAACUUUUUAUUGAUCAAAAAAUAGAAAUUUAACGGUGUGACAGUGUACCCGCCGCCUUAUGUACAGAGUUGCGUUGAUCUCAACCUGUACGUUAGAGAGCAGCGGGUCCAGGUUUUUACGGAUCCGGACCCGUUAAUUGUUUCGCCAAUAUCUAGCACCAUCUGUAUAUAUGAACAGGUGAAGGCUCAUAGUUUUAGCUAAUUAUUGGCUAUUCUCAGAGGAAAAGUUUAUGUACAGGUAUUUCCUGUUGUUCACUUGUUCAUCAUGCGACGUGAUGCUUAAUAAUUAAAAUUUUAUUGCUUAACUGAAAAGAACAUUAUGCUAACCAAAAAGGAAAUUUAAGAAUUAAUUGAUAAUCAAAACUCAUCAUUGAAAAUUGUCAAACCAACAGUAACUUAUUCAUAUUCGUCUACUUUUUUUUUCAUUUUUCUUGUUUUUUU